UUACCGAGUUUUAUACGACAUACGCCGAAGAGAAUUUAAUAAUUGGUCAUAACUGGUCAUAACAAACACCUUGAAAUAAUUUUAAUUAAAAGGUGAUAAAUUACAAUUGUUUUGGUAGAAUUACACAAAAAAUGUACAUUUAGUACAACUUCGAUGUUUUAUGGUGCUUCUGUUGUGAAGCAACACUCUUAGGAGAAGUCUGAAGAAAAAUUUUAACAACCUAUUGGACAGGAAUUGAAGACAGGCAUGAGUUCUGAGCUUGCAGAAAAAGUUAAACAUGAACAGGAAAUAGAAGAAAGAAAGAAAAGAAAUGUGGAAAAGGUAACUACUCACAGACAUCACACAGGCAACAAACUUCAGACAAAAUCAUCUGGUCGUCGUUUACCGAACCUUCCUAGUAAUAGUACCCAAAACACCAACCGACGAUUAUCUUCGAGUUCAAGCUCUAGUGAAGGAUACACCCCUCCUGGUUCUGGUCAUAGGACUAAAACAUCUCAUAGAAACCUUACUGGUCCAUCAUCUGCUUCAACAUCUAGUUUAAGUAGUUAUGGAAGUAUUCAACAUUUGUCCGCACCAGGGACCGGUUUGAAAACAUCAAAAAAGAACAGUGUCAGUACUAACAAUUUAAGUGAAAACAGGUUAACUGUUCAUGAAAAUAGGGCUAAAUGUGGGGAUAAGGAUGUACCACGAAGGAAUAUUUCGUCAACAAUACCCAAAGCACGUUCUAUGAAUGCUAUUCAUCAUGUGGGUGGCAAGACAUCAGCUCAACGUCCUCCUUGCAAGAAGGGAAAACCAAAGGCUAAACCAGUGCAUCAUGCCGGUACGAAUGACGAGGCUGAAGCCACUAGAGCUCUUGCGGAACAUCGUAAACGUAUACGAGAGGAGGUAGAGAGGAAAGCAUUGUUGGAUAAAGAAAGGCAAGAGGAAUUACGACGUCAAUGUGAGGAACAAGAGCAACGACUUGCAGAAGAAAAUGCAAGAGAGAUGGCACGACAAGCUGAACUUACAAAACAACUUCAGUUACAAGAAGAAGAAAGAGCCAGACAACUUAAAGAGCAAAAAGAAAAGGAGGCCAUCAUUGAGGCAGAGAAACACGAGGCAGAGUUGAAGAAGAAACAGGAAAUGGAGUUGUUGAAACUACAAGAAAUGGAGAGGAAAAGAGCUGAGAAAGAACAACGUGAACUUGAAGAAAUUGAGAGGUGGAAAAAAGAGGAAAUAGAAAGACAGGAAAGAAAAAAGAGAGUUGAAAUGAUUAUGAAUCGAACAAGAAUGACAUCAGGUGUAAACAAUAACAUGUUAAAAGCUGACAAAGAAUAUUCAUCUUUAGAGGAUCUCUCAAUGAAGCUUUCAGAUGAGUGUCACUCCAGUGCUGUCACUGAGAUCAUACAGAAAGUAAAAGAAAAAUCAUGUAGCUCGUCACGUGGAGACUGGGUUGAGCAAAAAGAAAAUCGUCCAUCAGAAGAUUCAACAGAUGGAAGAGAGGAUAAUCUGGCAAAUGAAGUCCUUAAAGCCAUUGAUAAUUCUAAACAUGGAAAUAAAGUGAAUGGCAUAGAAUGUUCAAUGAACACACCUCAAUCAUCUCAACAUAUCCUGAGGGACAUUGGAGGUACUCAAGAGGACAUUAUACGGACAAAUAUUGGUAGUUGUUUAGAUAAAUCAAGGGAUUUUGAUGAGGCAGUUAGGAAUUCUGUGUAUAUAAACAAAAAGAAUGUGAGUGACGUCAACAUUAGGACUGGAUUUGAUGGGGAAACUCUGGAUAAAACAUUGGAAAAACUGGAAGAUAAUUUAAGUAAUACAACCACAAAACAUUCUGGCUUAAAAGAGCCAGGUGUAGGAGAUUUGGAAAGAGAAGACAGACUUUGGUCGAAUGUUGAAAAGGCAAUGUCUUCAGCUGCAGAUUGCUCUUUUCAAGAGAAGAAUGGAAUGUUAUUUGUUGAGGAUGUUGAUGAAGAAAGUGAGGAAGGACAGAUGUGGAAAAUUGUUGAAGGUAAACGACAAUUUUCUGAAGUAAUAUAAUGUUUGACAAAGGCAAGGUCUUUCAUCUGAUGUCUCAAACAGUGUAACCAUGCAAAUGUUUAUUGUAUCUGUUUUAUAGUUACAACAAGCAAUUUUUCAUACACAUAAAUUAUGAUAUCAAUAUCUAGGAUAGUUGGUAUCUUUAAUAGCCAUAUAGAUUAUUUUUCUGCUUUCAUUAUUUCAGCAAACAAAUUGUGUACAUUUUAUAUUAUUGUAAAGAAAUAGAAUAAGUUCAAGAUAAUAUUAUAUUGAAUUAAUCUUUUUGUGUUUUUCUUUGAAA